GUGGGUAAAAAUUUUCAUUAAGCGCGGUGAUGAAUCAUUUUUCCAAAUUGGAAAUUUGAAAUAUAUAAAUGCCAUCGUUUUUUAAAUUUCUUUAUUCUUUUUGAAUUAAUUGAAUUAUUAAAUACAAUUAACGAAUAACUAAAUAUGUCAAUUGAAAAACCAGCUGAAAACAGAUUAUGGGGUGGUAGAUUUACCGGAGCUUCUGAUCCUUUAAUGGAUUUAUACAAUGCUUCAUUACCAUAUGAUAAGAAAAUGUAUGAAGCAGAUUUAACUGGUACUAAAGUUUAUACUGAAGGUUUAAAUAAAUUAGGUUUAAUUACUAGUGAAGAACUUAAAGCUAUUCAUCAAGGUUUAGAAGAAAUAAAAAAGGAAUGGGAACUGGAUACUUUUGUUGAAAAGCAAGGUGAUGAAGAUAUUCAUACAGCUAAUGAAAGAAGAUUAGGUGAAAUAAUUGGUAAACAUAUUGCUGGAAAAGUUCAUACUGGUAGAUCUAGAAAUGAUCAAGUUGCUACUGAUAUGAGAAUAUAUGUUCGUGAAAAUUUAACUCAAUUAUUAAAAUUCUUAGCUACUUUUAUUGAAACUAUCUUAAAGAGAGCUGAAAGUGAAAUAGAUGUCUUAAUGCCUGGUUAUACUCACUUGCAAAGAGCUCAACCAAUCAGAUGGUCUCAUUGGUUAUCUUCUUAUGCAACAUAUUUCACUGAAGAUUAUAAUAGAUUGAAACAAGUCUUGGAAAGAGUUAAUAAAUCUCCAUUAGGUGCAGGUGCUUUAGCUGGUCAUCCUUAUGGUAUUGAUAGAGAAUUCUUAGCUCAAGGUUUAGGAUUUGAUUCAGUAAUUGGUAACUCUCUUACUGCUGUCAGUGAUCGUGAUUUUGUUGUUGAAACUUUAUUCUGGUCAACUUUAUUUAUGAAUCAUAUUUCUCGUUUCUCCGAAGAUUUAAUUAUUUAUUCUACUGCUGAAUUUGGAUUUGUUAAAUUAUCUGAUGCUUAUUCGACUGGUUCUUCUUUAAUGCCACAAAAGAAGAACCCUGAUUCUUUAGAAUUAUUAAGAGGAAAAUCUGGUCGUGUUUAUGGUUCUUUAUCUGGAUUCUUAAUGUCAAUUAAAUCCAUUCCAUCAACUUAUAAUAAAGAUAUGCAAGAAGAUAAAGAACCACUCUUUGAUGCUUUAACUACAGUUGAACAUUCUAUUUUAAUUGCUACUGGUGUAAUUUCAACUUUAAAUAUCGAUAAAGAAAGAAUGGAAGGUGCUUUAACUAUGGAUAUGUUAGCAACUGAUUUAGCUGAUUAUUUAGUUAGAAAGGGUGUACCAUUCAGAGAAACUCAUCACAUCUCAGGAGAUUGUGUUAGAACUGCUGAAGAAUUAAAAUUAUCUGGUAUUGAUAAAUUAACGUUAGAACAAUUUCAAAAGAUUGAUUCUAGAUUUGGUACUGACGUUAAGGACGUUUUCAAUUUUGAAACCAGUGUCGAGAGAAGAGAUGCUACUGGUGGUACAGCAAAAUCUGCUGUAUUAAAGCAACUUGCUAAUUUGAAAAGUCAAUUAAACUAAAUAACUAAUAAAAUAAAUAGACUUAAAUAAUUUAAUGGUAUUCGUUCUUUACA